GGGGACGUCUUACUCCUUUUCGGGAAGCAAACCAUUUUUUUUGGUCCGAUUUGCGUCGAAAUAGUGUGGCAUACUAUCUUUGUUGUGACUGAGUCAGUGUUUGCCCCUUAAGUGGUGUUUUCUCUUCUGGCCUCCCCCCCCAAGUAGUUGGUAUCGUCCAGCCGGGCCCUGGGCGCGGCGGCGACGGCCGCGUCACUGGCGGGCGGGAUCCCUCCGCUCUGGGGAGAGCAGCGCUGGACGGUUGAGUUGGGGUGACUGAGGAAAUCCAUCCGCGUCGCCGCCGCUGCCGCCUCCGCCGCGGAGGAAGACAGGACCUCCCGCGCUCCUCUAGCGACCCCUUCGCAGAGUCCCACCGCCACAGGCCUCGGGCCAGCGGCCAGGAGCUGCCUCCCCCAGCCCCCGUCCCGCGGCCCCCAGCCGCCCCCAGCCCCGCCCCACGGGCCCGGCGCCAUGAGUGAGCUGGAGCAACUGAGACAGGAGGCCGAGCAGCUCCGGAAUCAGAUCCGGGAUGCCCGAAAAGCAUGUGGGGAUUCAACACUGACCCAGAUCACAGCUGGGCUGGACCCAGUGGGGAGAAUCCAGAUGAGGACACGGAGGACCCUCCGUGGGCACCUGGCAAAAAUCUAUGCCAUGCAUUGGGGGACAGACUCAAGGCUGCUGGUCAGCGCCUCCCAGGAUGGGAAGCUCAUCAUCUGGGACAGCUACACCACCAACAAGGUCCACGCCAUCCCGCUGCGCUCCUCUUGGGUCAUGACCUGUGCCUACGCGCCCUCAGGGAACUUUGUGGCUUGUGGGGGGUUGGACAACAUCUGCUCCAUCUAUAGCCUCAAGACUCGAGAGGGCAAUGUCAGGGUCAGCCGGGAGCUGCCUGGCCACACUGGGUACCUGUCGUGCUGCCGCUUCCUGGAUGACAACCAAAUCAUUACCAGCUCUGGGGAUACCACCUGUGCCCUGUGGGACAUUGAGACAGGCCAGCAGACCGUGGGUUUUGCUGGACACAGUGGGGAUGUGAUGUCCCUGUCACUGGCCCCCGAUGGCCGCACCUUUGUGUCGGGUGCCUGUGAUGCCUCCAUCAAGCUGUGGGACGUGCGGGAUUCUAUGUGCCGACAGACCUUCAUCGGCCACGAAUCCGACAUCAAUGCUGUGGCUUUCUUCCCCAAUGGCUACGCCUUCACCACCGGCUCUGAUGAUGCCACGUGCCGCCUUUUUGACCUGCGGGCUGACCAGGAACUCCUCAUGUAUUCCCACGACAACAUCAUCUGUGGCAUCACCUCUGUUGCCUUCUCACGCAGUGGCCGGCUGCUGCUUGCUGGCUAUGACGACUUCAACUGCAACAUCUGGGAUGCCAUGAAGGGCGACCGUGCAGGUGUCCUUGCUGGCCAUGACAACCGCGUGAGCUGCCUUGGGGUCACUGACGAUGGCAUGGCUGUGGCCACAGGCUCCUGGGACUCCUUCCUCAAGAUCUGGAACUAACCGCCCCAACCCUAGCUGGGCCCAGGCCGGGAGGGGCCCUGCCCACGCCCACACUACAGGCCGGGAGCUUUGGGGCUGGGUACACACCAAGCCUCCUUCCCCAGGCCACGGGGCCUUGGGUCCCUGCUCCCCCACCCAGGUUUGGUUCCUCCCGGGGCCCCCACUGUGGAGAUUAAGAUGGGAUGGAAUGGGGGAAGAGGAAGGGGCAGAAGGCCCUCAUCCUUUUGCUGCCCUGGGGUCAGGGCCUCACCCCUCUGGAGGGCCAGAGGCAGAAGGUGGAAACUCCAGGGGCUGGCUUUUUUAAAACUGGUUUUAUUUUAAUUUUUAUUAUAUUUUCAGUUUUUCCAUAAAGGAACCAAUUCCAACUCUGUA